AUGGCAGCGGAAACGACGCUCAAGUUCACCACCCCUCCCUUUGACGUUCCCGACAUCAGGGAUGACGAGCCGUUCAGCGAUGUCGCCCGCAAGCUGUCGUUCUACAUCAUUGAGGCCGUCGACUCGCCUCUGGGCUGGGAGGAUCUCCGCAGCAGCAAGCACAUGAAGAAGCUGCAGCCUCUCAUCAACAAGCUCACCAAUGAGGUCCACCACCAGGCAGUCGUUGCUGCUCUGCUUGCUCUGAAGGGUCAUUUCCGCGCAAUUGAAAGCGAUGAUGACCGCGGCAUCAACGAGUCGCGCGGUCUUGCGUGCGAGGUUGUUGCCUGGCAGUUUGUGCUCACUCUUUCAGAAAGGGAGGCCCUUGACUACCUGCUGUUCGAGCUUCCAAAGGAUGAUGAUGAUGACAAGCAUGAUGACUCAGACGAUGAGGAGUCACGUGCUGGGACCCGCGGACGUGCCAAUGGCAACGGCCGUCACUCUUCCGGGGAUCCCACCGAGAGGACUGGGCUUCUGUCAGACCACCGCACUGCCAGCCAUGGGACCGCCAACGGCCACGGCAAUGGCCACGGCAACGGCAACGGCAACGGCAACGGCAACGGCAACGGCAACGGCAACGGCAACGGCAACGGCAACGGCACCCGCCGCUCGAAGUCGAGAUCUUCUUCUCACUCCACUAACCACCACAUCCCUGGCGAGGAGUACGAAGCCACUGGGGGUGAAGGCUUUGCCGAUCCUUUCUUGAACCUCAAUACCCUUGAGAUUGCUGCCGUUGCUGGUGCUAAAAAGUUCCUCAGCCAGAGAUGCAUCCAGGAUAUCAUCAAUGGCAUCUGGAAUGGUGAGAUCGUCUUCUGGGAGAAGCUUACGGUGGGCGCCGUUAAGAAGCCGAAGUACUACAACAAGCACUUGGGCGACCCGUGGUGCCGUCUUCGUGUGCCGAGGUACAUGAAGACCUUCGAGAUUUUCUUCUUCCUAUGCUUCUUGGGACUCUUCUACAUCGUGUCCAUCCAGCGCGACAUGGAGAACGUCACCGUUGCCGAGGUCAUCUUCUAUUUCUUCAUUGCCGGCUUUGCCUUCGACGAAUGGAGCGAGUUCCGGGAAGCAGGCGCUCACUUCUACGCAACUGACAUUUGGAGUCUGUGGGACAUCGGAAUCAUCAUCGUUGGUCUCGUUUUCUUCAUUACCAGAAUGAUUGGUCUGGCACAUGGCGACAAGCAGAUGCUGGAGAUUUCGUACAGCAUUCUCGCCCUUCACUCGCUCUUCUUGACUCCGCGUAUUUUCUCGCUGCUCAGCUUGAACCCGUACUACGGAACCUUGCUACCUUGUCUCAAGGAAAUGGGCAAGCAAAUCAUCAAGUUUUUGGGCUUUGUGCUCAUCAUCUAUCUUGGCUUCUUCACGACUUUUGCUUUGCUCGCGCGUGGCCACGUCGCCUUGCGCGACACGUCCAUCACGGUGCUGAAGGUCUUUUUUGGUGGCGGAGUUAUCGGAUUUGACAUUGCUCCAAGAAUAUCCCCAUAUCUCGGUCUCCCCGUCAUGAUUGUCUUCGUUUGCAUGACAAAUCAGCUUCUGAUCACGUCGAUGAUGGCAUAUGUCAAUACCAGCUUGCGGCAGGUUCUCGACUCGUCGCGUGAAGAAUACCUCUAUGUGUACUCGAUCUACGUACUCGAAGCCUCCACCUCGAACAAGCUGGCUUAUUUCUUCCCACCCUUUAACCUCGUCCCGGUGGUGCUCUUCCGUCCGAUCCUAAUGGUCCUCCCUGCGCGUGCUGCGCGCGGAGCGCGUAUCGUGUUGCUCAAGGCCACUCACGCACCGUUUGUUGGCAUCAUCUGGGCAUAUGAGCACUGGCAGGACUAUGUCUGGAAGAAGAACAUGGCACAGCGCGGGACGCCGGGCAUCGAAACCAUGGGUGGUAGACAGGCGCCUGCCACCAACGGCGGACUGCCGUCCCGUCCGGUCAAGACAGGAAUGUCGGGCAAGUCGUCGGCGGUGCCGGCAUCGCUCGUGCAGGCGUCCAGACGCAACCCACGGGUUGUGCGCCCCGAGCUGAGCGGCGCCGUGCGCACCGGCACGGUCGCAUCGGCCCCUGCCGCUGCCGCUGCCACUGCCGACGCCAGCGCUAGCGAGACGAUGCGGCUGCUCAAGGAGCUCUCUGCGCAGGUGGAGGAGCUGCGGGCGACGGUGGUCAAGCAGCAGGGACCAGAGUAA